ACCCUCCCUUACAAGUCCCUCCUCUGCGCCGCCUCUCUCAGAAACCCGGGAAAAUUCGAUGACUAAUCGAGAAAGGAAGGUGGUCACGCCGAGUCCCCUUUGCGCCCUCACGGACCGCCGCUCGGUGGGGUUUGGGCGACGAAAUGAAGAGGACUCACUGGGGAAACGCAUCGGAGAGGGCGGGGCCUCUGAGGCGCGCGGAAUUCGGGCCCUGGGGAUUAACUAAGAAGGCAUUAGACGCGCGCCUGACCUCUGAAGCCCCUCCCCUCUCCCAUCCAGGCCCAGCUUCUGCUCGAGCCCUUUACUUCUGCCCACCCUGUCAAACAGUUGCCGUAGCGCGCGCGCGCCUGUGCAGGGUGGGUGAGCGCCCCUCAGUGGCGGUUUGGAGUCCUCACCUUCUCUACCCAGGUUUGUAUUGCCUGAGGGAAGGGGACGGACACUGAUCCGAAAUUAGCCCACCCCUGCUGGGGGCGCCCGCGUUUGCCUUGCUGCGGAAGCUGUAGCACCCCAGGUUUGCGCUGCCCUCCAAGAGGAAGGAAGGUAAGAGACCUGGCUUCGCUUUACUCCGGAAAUAGGGAGCCCCAGCCCCCGUUCGGGGUUGCAGUCGUACCCCUGAAUGCCCCUAUGACGAAGGAGGCGUUUGGCCAGGAAAUGGCUCUUGGAAAGAAAAGGCCGCCUGGCCCCCGACGUCACUGCACGGCUGUUGGGUUCAGGUUCAUGAUUUGCUCCUACAGAAGGGCUCGCUUCCACAAGAAGACCUAAGAUACCGGGGUAUGAAAAUGUUUAAUAUCAAUGAAUCAUGAAAAAGGGAAAUAAGAUUUGACGGUGCAUUUCUUACAACAGAAGCGCAUGAUGCAUCCUAUGAUUAAUGUACUAGUACAGUACAAAGAGAUGCAUAGACUAAAGGAGGAGAGGAAAAAGGACACAUCACCGAUUGGGGAAGCGCCAACUUUGCAGAUCCGAGAUUACAGCCUACUAAAUCCCUUCCGAGGGCUCCAGACCACUAGAGCGUCCUCUCCCUGGGCCGGAGUCCGAUUUAAGUAUUGAUCGAUCAUGACUUAAACAGCCUAGAGAACAAAAGUGGCUAAACGACAGCUAUACUGACUUCACUGUCUUGAGUGAAUCCAGAAGUGGGGCCAGUUCUGCCAAAAAGUUUCAUUUUUCUGUCGAAAAUGAAGCUUUAUUCCUGGAGUGGCUAGUUCCCGGAUAAUGCGUCCUUAGUGGAUUUGGCCAGAAUCCACCUAGGACUGUGUUUUUUAAACUAUAUUUGUUCCCAGGAUUAUUCAGCAGCUGCAAAACAGGGGUGAAUAAUAAUUCAUUGUACUGUCAUUAUCCCAUAGACGGGAGGGAAACUGCAGGUGGAGGCCUACAGAAUCCUAUCUUUAUACCUAUAUCUUUCAGUGAGGAAGUUAAUAUUGAAUGGUGGUGGAAACUGACCCCAUUACGCCCUCAGCUAACUACCCCCUUAUGUUGCAUUGCACUAGCUGAGCGUACUCUUUGUAGUAGUUGUACAGGUUAUGAGCCCAUCCUGGAUUUAGCAUGAGGCACAUUCCCUAGUUUUGCAUUGCACAGGGGAUGACUCCUUGGUUUUUUUUUUUUCUUUUAAGGACAAGUAAUUGUCCCCCUCGGUUUGCAUAGUUCUCUAAACUAGCUAAGUGUCUUCUAAAUUUAUACUGUGCUGAGAAUGCAUCUCUAGAUUUAAAUUGUGCACGAAUUAUACUUCUAGUUUGCAUGGAAUGUCUCUCAAUUUUUAAGUACCCAAGGGCAGAAAGAGUUUUGUAUUCCCUGGUUUUUGUAGAGGGUUGUAGGAGAAAGCCCCUCCCUCCCGUGUUGCCCUGCUUCCAAUUGCAUUACAUAGGGGUUGGGAGAUAGAGAGACCUCUAUACUUUUCAUCUCUCAACUGGGACUGGCUGUACCUACCACUUGGACCUCAGCACUACGCUGUGUGAUGUGGCACUUUGGCCCCAGUAUGAGCCUGUCUUCAUCUCCAUUAAUGCUAAUUUGCAUGCUGAAGGCCAAGGUGAACAUUGGAGAGUCAUCCUGGAGGAUUGCAAUAGCUAUGGUACCUUAGUCAGCAAUAUCAGACUUCCUAGAGGUCACCAACUGGAACUGAGUGACAGUGACCUUCUAACUUCUGGCCCUAAGGGGCCUGUGGGGGCCAGCCCUCCUGAGUUCUACUUCAUGUUCCAACGUGUCCGUGUCCGACCCCAAGACUUUGCUGCUUUCACUAUCCCCAGAGCUGGGGGGGAAUCAGGAGGUGGAGGUGGUUUUUGGCCGAUGCUGCCCCCUCAGGGGGCCCCACAGUAUCCCCUCAAUACCUUCUCCCCUUCUCCCAAGGCUACCCUGAUCCUCAGCUCUGUUGGCAGCCUUAGCAAACUCCAGCCUCAGCCUCUUACAUUCUCCAGGGGUGGAAGACAGAACCUGACCUUUCCUGUGACUCUUAGGGAGUCAGGAACUACCCUUCCCACCCCACUUCCAGCCCCUCGGAAUCGUCGGAAGUCAGCACACAAGGUGCUGGCUGAGCUAGAGGAUGAGAAAGGAAUUAAGGAGAGCCCUUCCAGAAAUCAGGCUGAAACCAGGAAGAAGCCUCGAGGAAUGAAGACUACAGUCACUCCUAGUGGAAAUCGACGUGGCCGUCCCCGGAAGUACCUAUCAUCUGGGACUGCAGCUCCCCCUCCUAUUGGGGGAGGGGAGCCCUGUGCAGCCCCCAGCUGCCAACCACCGCAGGAAGAAACAGUGGCCUGGGUCCAAUGUGAUGGUUGUGAUGCAUGGUUCCACAUAGCCUGUGCAGGUUGCAGCUACCGAGCUGCCCAAGAGGCUGAUUACCGUUGUUCUAGUUGCCAAACUUAAGGUGAUGGAAAUUGGUUAAGAAAAAUCAUGGCAACUUGCUGCCACUCCUUGCGACUCAAAAUCCAGGGACUGGAUAUGGUAGAGGUGAAAUGGAAAGAAUACUCUCUACUUUCCUCCCUAGGAGGAAAACCUUUCAGAAAGGAAUUACCUAUUGCCAUGGAUACUAAGCUUAGUUUUUAUAGGUCCCUAAAGUAACAUGGAAAAAACAGCCUAUUGGCUGUGGCUUUUGUUUCUAGGAGUGUCUAGCUGCUAAAUAUGAAACUGAUUCCAGGGUCCUGUUGCCCUAGAUACUGUAUGCUAGAACCAGAAAAUUAUCCAGCUAUAGAAGUCAAGACCAUGUCAGAUGAAUGGCUUCAGGAACUCUAGAAAUGUAUAAGAAAGAUUUCAGAAGGCCAUUUAUCAUUAUAAAUUAUAAAUUCUUUGCUGGGAGAAUCUGGAAAACUUCAGACUUGGAUGUGAGAGGGCAGGGGAAAAAAGGUCCAAUCUGACCCUGAUCAUGCUGCUUCCAGCAUGACAAUCUGCCUCAAAACUCCACUAGCCAUUAUGUCCAAUUCUCUAAUCCUUUGUCUUUUCUGAUCUACUCUUUUCCCUUCCUGUUUAUUUCCAAAUAAAGAACCAGUUACUGAUUUGUCCCUCUGUAAGUUGACUUAAACUUGGCUCUGGGGAGAGAUCUGCAUAGCCUCUAAUCCCAACUUGAGGAAAUCAAUGAAAUAGAUUUCAAAGUAAAAGAAUGCCAUAUUCAAGUAGAAAGGAAAGCCAGUCCAGCCUUGGAUUACUCCCACCCAUUGUUUUAUUUGCUUCUCAUGCUGCUGAAGAAAAUGCAAAAACAUUUUUGCUGGACCUAUUACAAAUUUAUAUAGCCCUUGCUAUGUCAAGACAGUACUUUUAUACCUCCCUUAUUAAAGUGAUGAUCCCACUUCCCACAGUGAUUGAAAACUUUCAUCAGUCCUCCAUAUCACCCCAUCAACUAAGAAUCUUUCUUCAUUUUGCUUUAAAAAAUAAGACCAUUUCCUGGCUAAGAAACAGAGUAGUGGAUCAGUGAAAUAAGUCAAAAGACACAAUAAUUGAUGAUAAUACUAGUGUUUGACAAACCCAAAGACUCCAGUUCUGGGAUAAAAACUCACUACUUGACAAAAAUCUCUGGGAAAACUGGAAAAUAGUAUGGUAGAAAGUAGGCAUUGGUCAACAUCUAAACCCAAUACCAAGAUAAGGUUGAAAUGGGUUCUUUAUUUAGACAUAAAGGGUGAUAACUAUAAGCAAAUUAGGAGA